AUGGCAAUAUCUGAUUUUUAUACUCUAAACAAACACUACAAAACAAGGAUAGUUCCUCACAUAAAGGAUUCGGGGGGAGAACCUCUGCGUGCUCUAUCUGUUGGUCUUGAUCUUUUGGAGAACAAGAAGGUGCAAGCAAUUAUAGGCCUAGGAACAUCACCUGAAGCGAAUUUCUUGGCUGCACUGGGGGACAAGGCCAAAGUUCCUAUCCUUUAUCUUUCUGGGAGUCCUAUGUUGUCAACAGAAUAUCCAUACCCUGUUCAACUUACACAAGACCAAAUCCUUGAAUUUGAUGGUGUUGCUUCCAUUGUAGAAUCAUUUCAACGGACGAACGUCAUCCUUAUUUAUGAGCAGGGAGAAAUCAUAUCAAAUUUGGCCGAUUCAUUCCAAGAGAAAAACAUUCAUAUUGCUCAUAAGAGUGCCAUUUCUCUCUCAGCCACUGAUGAACAAAUCCUCGUAGAGCUCCAUAAUCUCACGAGUAGUACUCUCCAAACAACAAUAUUUGUUGUGCAUGUUUCACCUUCUCUAGUGUCUCGUUUUUUCUUAAACGUCAAAAGGUUAGGAAUGAUAAGUAAGGGAUAUGCUUGGAUUAUAACUGACAAGACUAUGGACCUCUUGCAUUCAAUGGAUUCUUCUGUACUUAUUGAGUCAAUACAAGGCGCACUAGGUUUCAAGUCUUAUAUUCCACCAUCAAACGAGCUCCACAACUUCACUGUAAGAUGGAGAAGGAAAAUGCAUAUGGAAAACCCCAAUAAGGAAAUGAUGGAGUUAAAUGUGUUUGGCAUAUGGGCAUAUGAUGCAAUUUGGGCCCUAACAAGGGCAGUGGAGAAGGUAGCAGAUAAGAUUUCUCAAACCAAGGAACAAAAUGCAGCUAGCAUUGAACAUAACAGACUUAGCUAA